AUGGAAAGAGAUCAAGCAGCUCUCCGAGAAGGGCUGGAGUCAGAAGAAAGUGAUGCCAAGCAAUUACCCCACAGCAGUACUGGGAGCAGACGUUCCAGGUCUAGCUCCAGGAGGUUGAAUCAGAUACAGGAAGCUGUGUUCCAACAAGUGGCCAUAGCACAAAAUAGUCAGGACACUCUGAACAAUAUGAUAGCCAUGAUGCGAUGGCAAGUCAACAGUUAG